UGUGCUUAUCGAGCCCUUUUCCUUCCUUCGAGCAUGGAGCCGUUACAGCGAGUGCAAGUGGAGGGCGUUGAACCGGAAACCCUGGCACCGUUGAUUAUCAAGCUUGGAAACUCGCCUGCGGAAGGACGUGGAUUGCCGAACUCGGCGGAAAUACUUAAUGACUUACCCCGCGAAGAGGAGAAACCUGGCAGUGAUGAAGAGGCGAAGAUGGGAGUUCGCAAAAUGCGAGUCCCAAGUUCUGAGGCGAGUACUUCCUUAAUAUGGAAGAUACAGCAUACUGAUAACGAUACACAGCUGCUGGAGAAAAUGAAGGCGACAAGCGGUUCGUUCAGGAAGGUUUGGACCGACCUGUGGCCCUCACACUUGCAUUGGUGGAAAUUGAGAUUUUGAAGAAGGCUCAGUCAGGAAGCUUUGGACCCGAGUCCCGAUGGGCCUAUAAUCAUCACAUAGAGUUCGUGGCCUGCACAGAAGAUGUCAUCGAGGUUGUCAAAGACUUGGUUGCACCCCAAAUACUAGUGUUGUGCGGGCUCGGGCUCAGGCCCUAGGCCGGCCCGAGCCGAGCCCGGGAUAAGGCUUUGAAGGGCUCAAGGCUCGGGCUUGCAGUUUGGAAAGCCCAAGCCUUGGGCCUGAGCCCAGGCUUCUAAUAUGUAAUCAAUGUACAUCUUUUUCGGGACUGGCA